UGAGGUGCUCUUCCUGUGUUAUGAUCACUAACGUUACACACUAAUGUAGCCAGUCAGUGUCAACGUAAGCUGACAUAUUUAUAACCAGCGUUGGCUGAAGCGCCGAAGUUUCAACAGUACGUCUUUUCUUUGCGGCAGACAAAGGCUGAGUGACACUGACAGCUGCAAAGCCAACGUAGCAGCACACUAAUCAUCCUAAUGACAACAUGAAGAUCAAAUCUGCCAAGAAGAAGUCUUUGCCAAACAAGGCAAGGAGACGAGAGAAACCACAUGACGUGGAUGGAGUUACACCUGAAAUGGAGCUGGAGGAUGAGGAGGACUCAGGAGAAGCGUACACUAAUGGAGGAGGUCUUAACAUCCAAAUCAAGGAGGAACCACUUUCCCAGGAGAUCAGUGAGGAGCAAUGUGGAGACUCAUCCAGCUGUUUAGACACAAAGCCUGACACUGUUACACUCUGGUCAGAUGUUGACCAUCAACAGGGAGACAUCAAGGAGGAGUGUGACCCAGACCAACAGCCAGAAAAUGAAUUCACUGAAGCUGCUGUCAAGGAGGAGUCGACCCAAGAGUCAUGGAUUAAAGAGGAGAGUGACAAUGAGCAGGAGGCAACCAACAACAUCAAGGAAGAUAAUGGAGAGGGAGAGGAGGUCCUCACAGAGUCAUCAUCUGACUUCUAUCCAUGUCCUCACUGCACUGUCUCCUUUACUGACUUGGACUUCUUGGAGAAGCAUGUCAAGUGGGUCCACCAGAAACAGUAUCUUGCCAAGCUGAAAAAAUGCCUCUCAAGCCGCACACUAAACCUGAUCCCUAAACACACCUGCACCGUCUGCAGCAGCACCUUUAAAUCCAAAGUACACCUUCGGGUCCAUGUCCGCGAAGCCCACCCUUCUGCCCCUCCCCGCAGACUUCACCCCUGUCCAACCUGUGCACGCAGCUUCCAGUACCUAAAGAAUCUGAAGAAUCACUGUCAGCGCUGGCACAGCAUGUCUGUGGUCACCAGAGGGGGGCAUCUCAGCUGCGCCGACUGUGGGAAGAGUUUCAAAGCUACCUGGGGUCAAGGGCCUCAUUUGUGUCACGAACCGCACAAUACAGAAUCUGAGGAUAAGCCGAUCUGUCUGGACGUUGGCGUGCAGUGUCCAGAAUGUGGCAAGAAGAUGGGCACACCUCAAAGCCUGGAGGAUCACAUGCGCACUCACACGGGUGACAGGCCGUUUGUCUGCAAGGAUUGCGGCAGGAGGUUCGUGGAGCGCAGCGGUUGGCGGCAACACAUGAAAAUACACACAGGGGAGAAGCCGUACAAAUGCCAGGUGUGCGGGAAGGCCUUUUUAAGAUCGCAUCACCUCAAGUGCCACUUAACCACACACUCCGGCAAGAAGGAGUAUUCUUGCUCUGAAUGUGGAAAGGAGUUUGGAUUCAAGUCAAGUCUGGAUCUCCACCUGAGGACGCACUCCAGUGAGAAACCCUUCCACUGCAACGUGUGCGGGAAGAACUUUAACACCCAGAGAAACCUGCGGGUUCACACCAAACUCCACACCAAAGAGAAAGCUCACCAGUGCGGGGACUGUGGGCUGAAGAUCGGAGAUCUCGGGGCUUUGAAAAUACACCUGCGGACUCAUACCGGAGAAAGACCCUACCACUGCACUGUCUGCGGCAACAGGUUCAUUCGCCUUGCACACCUGCGAAACCACCAACGCACCCACACCGGUGAGAGACCCUACAAAUGCACUGAAUGUGACAAGAGUUUCACUCAGUCUGGCGACCUGGUGAAGCAUAAGAGGAUACACACUGGGGAAAAACCCUAUGAAUGCCCAGACUGCCACAAUCGCUACACCUCUUCUGGUGACCUGGGCAAGCACAGGAGGAGUCACACUAACCUGCGUCCCUACCCAUGUCAAGAAUGUGGAAAAAGCUUUCGUUUGUCGGGCCAUUUGAAAACACACAUGUUAACUCACACGGGGGAGAAGCCAUAUUCCUGCCCCAACUGCCUCCGCAGGUUUGCUCGCUCUCACCAUCUUUCUGGACACGUGGCUAAAUGUCGCUGAGCUUUCAUGAGAGACCUGUACAAUAAGCUGCUGUAACUAAUUAUGGGAGCUGUAUACAGCCGUCUACUAGGCUUUAUAAUGAAUGUGCUAAAGUAAAAGUCUGUAUAUGAUUAUUUAUAUGAACUUUCUUCAACCAUCUCAACUUCAUGUUUGUUAUUGCAUGAAACGUUUUAUAAACACUAUCCCAGCCUUGUAUUUUUUUUUUUUUUUUUUUUUGUGCAGGGUAGGUCUGAACUGUUUUCUGCAAGACACUAUUGUAAUGGAGACUUGAGGACACGGUACAAGGCAGAGCUCAGUGGGAUGAAUUACAUUUUUCUGCCACAGAA